CGGUGUGGAGAGUCAGCAUCAGUCACUCACGGACCUACAGCGCGGUGCAACACCGAGGACGCACAGAGGAACAUGUUGCUGCACAAACUGCUUGUGUGGACCCUGUCAGUCCUGUGCGGGGCUGACAUGUGUUGGGGUUUUGUGUAUGAUCGGCCCAAACGCUCAGGAGAAGACGGGACCUCGGCCAGGACAGAAACUCGCUCUGCGUCUCACUACGUGGCGACCUCCGGCUCCUGCAGAAACAGGUGUUUCGAGCUGGUUGAGUUGGAGCCGCCAAACUGUCGCUGCGACAACCUGUGUAAAACCUACAAUGGCUGCUGCUCAGACUUUGACCAGCUCUGCCUACGCACAGAGGGCGGUUAUGAGUGCAGCAGAGAUCGGUGCGGGGAGACACGCAAUGAACAGCAUGCCUGCCACUGCUCUGAUGACUGUCUGGCCAGAGGAGACUGUUGUACCAACUACAAGAAGCUGUGCAAAGGAGACACCUCGUGGCUGCAGGACGAUUGUGAGGAGAUCAAGGCUCCUGAAUGUCCUGCCGGGUUUGUGCGUCCGCCGCUCAUCAUCCUGUCCAUGGAUGGAUUUAGAGCUUCGUAUGUGAAGAGAGGGAACACUGUCAUCCCUCACAUUGAGAAGCUCAGAACAUGUGGAACCCAUGCGCCGUACAUGAGACCUGUUUACCCCACGAAAACCUUCCCCAAUCUCUACUCGCUGGCUACAGGGCUUUACCCGGAGUCUCAUGGCAUCGUUGGAAACUCCAUGUAUGACCCAGGGUUUGAUGCAAUCUUCACCCUGAGAGGCCGAGAGAAGCUCAAUCACCGCUGGUGGGGAGGACAGCCAAUCUGGAUCACAGCGCAAGGACAAGGAGUGAAGGCUGCUACCUUCUUCUGGCCUGUUGCCAUCCCUUUGGAGAGGAGGAUACUGACUAUGCUGCAGUGGCUUCACCUCCCUGAAGGAGAAAGGCCUUAUGUUUACGCCAUGCACUCUGAGCAGCCGGACAUAUACGCACACAAAACGGGGCCCAUGAGCACUGAUCUGAACAUCUCUCUGAGGAUGGUUGACAAAAUUAUUGGCCAGCUCAUGGAUGGACUCAAGCAGAUGAAACUGCACCGCUGUGUCAACAUCGUCCUGGUCGGGGAUCACGGUAUGGAAGAGGCCCACUGCGAUCGCACCGAGUUCCUCAGUAACUAUAUGACCAGCGUUGAUGACAUCAUCCUCGUCCCUGGGUCCGUAGGCAGAAUACGCUCCAGACAGCCCAACAACAGGAAAUAUGACCCCAAAGCUGUUGUGGCCAAUCUAACGUGUAAGAAAGCAGACCAGCACUUCAAAGCGUACUUGAAGCAGCACCUGCCAAAGAGACUGCACUACGCCAACAAUCAACGCAUUGAGGAUGUCCAUCUCCUGGUGGACAGGAAGUGGCACAUUGCCAGGAAGGUCCCUGAAGGCAGGAGGCACUGUGGCUUUGCUGGAGAUCAUGGAUAUGACAAUAAGAUCAACAGCAUGCAGACUAUUUUCGUUGGCUAUGGCCCGUUUAAGUUCAAGACUAAAGUUCCAGCCUUUGAAAACAUCGAGCUUUAUAACGUAAUGUGUGAUCUUCUAGGUUUGAAACCGGCCCCUAAUAAUGGAACUCACGGCAGUCUGAACCACCUGCUAAGAACCCCCCCGUACAGACCCACCAUGGCAGAGGAGGUCUCCAGACCAACAGCGUCUGGUGUUGUACCUGCAGGAACAGACAGCUUGGGGUGCAGCUGCGAUGAAAAGAACAAAGUGGAGGAGCUAAACCAGCGACUGAGGCAAGCUAUGGAUGACAGCAGGAACCUGCCGUUCGGUCGGCCUGCUGUCCUCUUCCGUACCAAAUACUGCAUCCUGCACCACAGCGACUACAUCAGUGGCUACAGUGAAACUCUGUCCAUGCCCGUCUGGACAUCGUACACUGCCAGCAGACAGGUAGAAGUGUCUCCUCUGCCUGAAGCUCUGUCCAACUGUGUGAGACCUGAUUCCAGUCCUCCAGCUUACAGCCAAUCAUGUACCAACUACAGAGCAGAUAAACACAUCACGUACGCCUUUCUGUACCCACCACAACUGUCGUCAAAUCUAGACAAAAAAUCCGAUGCUGUCCUCAUCACCAACACUGUUCCCAUGUAUCCUGCAUUCAAGAAGAUAUGGGGUUAUUUCCAGAGAGUGCUGGUGAAGAAAUACGCCACUGAGAGAAAUGGAGUGAAUGUACUGACUGGACCCAUAUUUGACUACAACUAUGACGGUGUCAGAGACUCAGCUGAGAAGAUACGAGAGUAUAUAAGUGGUACAAUCCAUCCCACUCACUACUUUGUGGUCCUGACCAGCUGCUUAGACUUCACACAAGCUACAGACUCGUGUAACGGACCGCUCAACAGCGCCACCUUCAUCCUGCCGCACAGACCCACCAAUGAUGAGAGCUGCAACAUACGGAUGAGCUCAGAGGAGGAGUCUCGUUGGGUGGAGAGCCUGAUGAAGAUGCACACAGCUCGGGUCAGAGACGUGGAGCUCCUGACAGGCCUGGACCUGUACCGCAGGACCAGCCGCAGCUACGCUGAAAUCCUCUCGCUCAAGACCUACAUGCACACCUACGAGAGCGAGAUCUGAGUUCUGCUAAUGUUCCUGACGUUAUCUUCUGCCGUGGUGGAUCCAUGUGGUACCAGGAGGAGCUGCAGUCAUCUCACCCCACCAGCUGCUCUGCAGCAUCUAUGCUGUGGCCCUUUCACUGACUCCUUCAUGUGCUUUCAUCUCAGUAACUGUUAUUUUGCAUACAUUUUGAACACCACUCAGCUAAGAGGCCACUCGAGUUUAAUAUUUAGCUUUUCAAAAGGCAGAGAUCGAUAUCUAUUCGCAGAAAUGCUGCUGCACAAUGACACUCAUUUCAUCCAACCAUGACUGUACCCACCUAUGUGUCAGAGGCUGUGACUGGAAAUGAGUCACAGCAUCACUAAAUAUUUCUCGAGAUACUCGAGUAGAGUUACACCAUAACAAACAGAUCGGUGUAGAGACAGAUUCUGACCAAUCAGAUAAAAGCUUUUAUUUUUCUUUGAAUAUAAGUAAGAUGUUCUCCUAUGUGUGUGUGGCUGUAUGAGAUGCCAAGAGAAACACAAACUUUCUCACUUCCCUUCAUCUUUAAGCAACCACUAUUUUUGGAUACACUCAAUGAAAUCAGUUUUCAAAAGUCUAUAAAAGGCCAUUGUGGAUUUGGUUACAUUGGUUACGUCCUCACGUUUGUGUAUUGUCAGGUACACAAUGAUCUACAUGUUGCACCAGUGCACAAUCAGAUCAGUUGUUUAAGUGUUUCACCAGCCUGGAGGCUGUUAGGAGGCUAAAUAAAGAAAUUAUGUUUUUGCACGUGGAGGUGCCUGAAACAGCACGGUGUCAAGAAUCCACGAUUCUUUUUCAUUCCAUAUUCUGGACAUUGUAACUUCAACAUGGCUGACAUUCAUCAAUAAGACCUGUUGUCACAUCAUUAAGAAACCUGCUGUAAGUCAGGUUCUCAGAGCACUGCGUUUCUCUUGACAUCAUGAUGUUUUUCAUGGUUAUGAAGAAACAAAGGAGGUUUGUAUUUUCACUGUUUCCUCUCUUCCUCGUUGAUCUCCUUGGUCAGAGUGUGGGCAGUUUUCCUGUGAAUGCACAAGCAUUAAAGCAAGAAAGUUUAUUUGCCGUGGAAUUUCAUCUUCUGUCCAAUUCAGUCAACUUUCCAAGUCAAGUGAAAAUGAAUUCAAAUGGAAAGCGAAGUGACCGUGAGGCUGUGGGAUUACACUAGGCCCAUCCAUAAACGCUUUUACAAAUCUGGGACUGCAGAUGUAGAGAGCUAGAAUCCACGUUACAGAGAAGCGACGUUUGAAUGAUGUCAAGGAAAAGCGCCUUGCACCACAGAGCCCCAGAGAAAUCAGCAGUAAGGACUGUAAAACCAAAGCUGUCUUGUGUACGAUGCAUUCAGCUCUUCCUCGACAUGAUGAGUGCUUUAAAAAUGUCUUUGGUGUGUCACAGGGAGUGACACUGGUGUUUGUGUGUGAUUGUGAAGGUAAAUUCCAGAUUUUUCUUUGUAUUUUUGAUUGCCAAAUAUGUGGGUUUCAUUGUGAAUUGUCCAAUAACAGUGUUGAUGAUGAUUUAUUGUUUUUGGAAAAAAAACACACACCACCUGUGAGACCGACUUAUUUAAACUUUAUGGAGAUUUGUCAAUAAACAAGUGUUUUUGCUAAAAGA